ACAAAGUUAUGCGCAAAUAUAACAGUUUAUCGGGCGACAAAUUAUUGUUCAAACUGGACAAGGUGCCACCAGGUGGACUUGGCCUUUCUUUGGCUGGCAACAAAGAACGUGGUGGCAAGACGAGCGUUUUUGUAGUUGGUGUGAGGUCCACUUGUCCGUUGCCGAUUGAAGUUGGAGACGAGCUUCUUGAGGUAAAUGGUAGAGUUCUAUAUGGUCUUUCGCAUUUGAAUGCUUCAGCCAAAAUACGGGAAUGUUGUGAUGCUGGAAUGCUUGAGCUUCUUUUGCUAAGGCGACAUGACGCAGUGGUUGGGCUUUAUAUUUUACUUCAUUUUAUUUCAUUUUCUACUUUUUUUGUUAUUUCUUUGUUUUAAAG